UUAAGUUGAAACCUCCUUGGGGUGGAUCGGUGACUUUUUCUUGAAAUUGCCAUCAUUGCGGACUGCUUGCUGCUUCCUUCGCUUGAGGAGUUCAAGAGUGUAAGAGAAGGAAUCUCUGCUCAGUUCCUUCCUUGACAAUGAAGAUGCAGUAAGCAUGGAUUGUCUUUUCCACAUACUACUACUUUCUCUCGUUACUCUGUUUUGUAUUUUUUCAUAUUAAAAAAACCCAAAGAUGAAGCUGUACCCACCUGGCGUGUGUGUUGUGGCCUGCACAGUGUAGGCAUUCUGCAUCACCCGCUGAAGUGAAGGCAUUUAACACAAUUGUAAAAAAGGAGGCAAAGCAGUGUAGCACCAAAAUUGACUUUUCACAUUAUCUCACCUUGGUGGCUUUCUGCCUGGCUUGAAUGACAUCUGGAGCAUCAGUUUCCACGUGCAGACCGAGCCUGGUGCCCGACGCAGUAGAGACCGCCUGAUUCUGUGGGUCAGCCCAGUGCAGCGUGGCCCUUGGCACUGACAGAGUGCCAGCAUCUCCCUUCUCGAUGGCGACUUGGUUUGGUACCAAGGAUCCAGCGCUGUCAGUUCUGUUAUUUGUGAAUGAACUUAGCUGAAUAUGGAUCCAGGUGGUGGAAGUCUUGGACUGCAAACACAAGAAUCCAAAAUGCCUCACACUAUGAUUAUGCAGGAUUUUGUGGCUGGAAUGGCUGGCACUGCUCAUAUUGAUGGAGACCAUAUUGUUGUAUCAGUCCCCGAAGCUGUCCUAGUUUCUGAUGUUGUUACCGAUGAUGGAAUAACUCUUGAUCAUGGCUUAGCUGCUGAAGUUGUCCAAGGACCUGACAUCAUCACUGAAACUGAUGUUGUAACAGAAGGUGUAAUUGUUCCCGAUUCUGUUUUGGAAGCUGAUGUUGCUAUUGAAGAAGCUUUAGAUACCAGUGAUCAUGUUUUGACUUCUGAUCUAAUAACAGAAACCGUUAGAGUUCCUGAUCAGGUUUUUGUGGCUGACCUUGUCACGGGUCCUGAUGGACAUUUGGAGCAUGUGGUGCAAGACUCUGUGUCAGGAGCCAACUCUCCUACAAUGGUUUCAGAAGAAGUUCUUGUAACGAACUCAGAUUCUGAAGCAGUCAUUCAAGCAGCUGGUACUGUUCCUGGCUCCACAGUGACUAUAAAAACAGAAGACGACGAUGAUGGCAAGAGUACAUCUGAAGACUACUUAAUGAUAUCUUGUAAGUUAAACAAAGUGGAUGAUGUUGGAGAAAAAUUGGACCAUAUAGGAAGCACUCCCUUGAAAAUCAGUACUGAGGUGACAAAUGAUGAUGUUGCUAAAGAUGACGGUUUUGGUUCAGAAGUUAUCAAAGUGUACAUAUUUAAAGCUGAAGCUGAAGAUGAUGUCGAAAUAGGUGGGACAGAAAUUGUCACAGAGAGUGACUUUCACAAUGGACAUUCUGUAGCUGGAGUAAUUGAACAAGGAGGUGUUGGUAGAAUGCAGCGAGAAAAAAUGGUUUACAUGGCUGUUAAGGACUCUUCUCAGGAAGAUGAAGAUAUUAGCUGUGCUGAAAUAGCAGAUGAAGUUUAUAUGGAAGUUAUUGUAGGUGAAGAAGAAGCUACAUCACUUCCAGACACACAGCUUGAAGACUCUGGCGUGAAUAAAACUUUUGUCCCUGUUGCUUGGGCUGCUGCUUAUGGAGAUGAAAGAAGGCUACCCAGAAGAUACGAAGAUGGUCAAGCGGCAGGAAAUAACUUGGAUACACGAUUAGAAAACAAAAACGGUAAUGCAACACAAUACCUGCAGAUUUGUGAUAGCAUUAGCACUAAUAGAGUGCUAAAACAAAAAACCAAGAAAAGGAGGAGAGGAGAGGCCAGGCAAUGGCAAACAGCUGUUAUAAUAGGUCCUGAUGGACAGCCCUUAACAGUUUACCCUUGUCAUAUUUGUGGGAAAAAAUUUAAAUCCAGAGGAUUCUUGAAAAGGCAUAUGAAGAAUCAUCCAGAUCAUAUGAUUAAGAAGAAAUACCAGUGUACAGACUGUGACUUUACAACUAACAAAAAAGUAAGUUUCCACAAUCAUCUGGAAAGCCAUAAACUUAUAAAUAAAGUUGAUAAAACCCAUGAGUUUACAGAAUAUACAAGAAGAUACAGAGAAGCGAGCCCAUUGAGUUCUAAUAAACUAAUAUUGAGGGACAAGGAGCCUAAGCUACACAAGUGCAAAUAUUGUGACUAUGAAACUGCAGAGCAGGGACUACUCAAUAGACAUCUACUUGCAGUUCAUAGUAAGAACUUCCCUCAUGUCUGUGUGGAGUGUGGGAAAGGAUUCCGUCAUCCAUCAGAGCUGAAAAAGCAUAUGAGGACCCACACUGGGGAAAAGCCAUACCAGUGUCAGCACUGUGUCUUCAGGUGUGCUGAUCAGUCCAAUCUGAAAACUCACAUCAAAACCAAACACGGGACUGAUUUGCCAUUUAAAUGUGAGCACUGUCCCCAGGCAUUUACAGAUGAAAAAGAACUGCAGCAGCACACAGAAUUAUUUCAAGGGCAUAAGACUCAUCAGUGUCCACACUGUGACCAUAAGAGCACCAAUUCAAGUGACCUGAAGCGACACAUUAUUUCAGUUCACACAAAGGAUUUUCCCCACAAAUGCGAGACUGAAGAUGAUCAUUCUGACUCUGUGACAAAGCACACAUCGGUGCUGGCUCAUUUUUCCACCUUACAGAUGGACGGAAUAAUCAGCGUAUGGACAAUGAAACCUAGCUAAGAAGAAAAGACUGUGGAAACAAGGUCUGUCAAAGAGAGGAAAAGCCUUGAGACUUAACCCACACAGUGUUAAGGUUUCAAAUGCCCACAAUUAAAGGUAAUGAAAUUGAGAGAGAAAAUACGGAAGAACAGCAGCAGAGUACUCUCAAGGUAAAGCUUCUUCCGAGCUCUUUGUGCAAUUCUUCCAACUAGUCAAGCCCAGCUGCGACCAUGGCCAAGACUACAAUUGCUUCAGGACUGGCUGAAGAAUAGUCAUGUCAAGAAAAACCGAAGUCCACAAAAGCACGGCAUACCACUCUCCUGAGCAAAAAGUAAGUGCAUGGAAAAGUACAAACAUUGGUACACAGAUGUUAGUGACAGAUUAUGGACACAGGUAACAGAAUUCUUUAUGAUGAGGAUGAGACAGUGUUUUCCAUCAUCUUCAUGCUUCCCUGUUCUUAAUGUGUUCCCCAGCCUUCCCCACUAUCAGACUGAACCUUUUUCAGAUGCAAAACAGCAGAAAGUAAAGCGAUUUUAGUUGUUGUGACUCCUUUGAGCAGCUCUGAUGGCUUAGAGAUUUCUUUCAUUCCUGAAAGAAACAAGCAGCUUGUUAGAAGAAAAUACACAAACUUAUUUCUGUAUACAGAACUGAACUGCCUGGUCUAUAAAGCAUGUCUCCUUUAAUUAGGUAUUUAUUUUCUCUAACAGCCUGACUUUUGAAGCAUCUCAAGUGGCCAGUGAGCCUUUCCUCCUUAACAAACGCUCAGCACGUCAGUGCUCACAGUGGCCAGGACUGGCAAGGUCAAAGCUCUAAACGGUUUUGUUCAGCAGGAGGCAGAUGUCAGAACUGGUAUGAUUCACUGUCUCCAGUAAAUACCACAACAAGGAAAAUAGCGCUUUUUUGUACUUAGGAAAACAACCAAGAACAGGCAGUUACCAGAUACCUAAAUAGUAGGUAUUACAAAAUUUCUACCCUAAAUGUUGUCUCUAAUAUAUCUAGGAUCAACAUUACAAAGAACAUCUAACUUAAAGGACUGAGCGUGGUAACUAGUCACUGCUUGAAAGACCGAUAUCGUGGGCAGGCUACUUGCUUUCCAGUAGAAAACCCACACUGUUCAGAAUACCUAUCAAUCAGCAUUACUAUUCAAUAAUGAAUGCAGAUACAAAAGAUUUGGCUGACAGUACAUAAACACAGAAAAAGCACUUGCAAAGCUUGGAAUAAAGGUGAAAUUGGUACUUCUCCAACUUACCAAGUUUAUCUUGCAGCAAAGUAAUUUUGUUUCAGCUGAAACUUGCACUAGUGAUUGAGGGAGACCUUGGGAAACUUUAAAUACACACAGUUCUCACUUAUUUAAUGAUACUGAUCUCUUCAAAUGCAGCGUAUACUCAUCUUUUCCAUUUUUUGUAAUGGAAAGUAUGACUAACUUUUCAAGUAAGCUGGGAAGGGUUUGGCUUUAUCAGUUUAAUUUCUUUAUUACUGUUCAAUUCCUUGACAUUUCACUAGGUUGCAAUGCAACUGGUGGAGUUUUAUGAGAUCAGUAAUAAAACUCUGCUGUUUGCCAGCGACCUCUAACUUCUAUUUUCUUAAUCCUGCUCCAGGUAACAUAUCCUUUUAGAAUAUGCCAGAUGUUUUACCAUUCCUCUACUUGGGCUGCUCAAGUAAUUGUUUUCUGGGUCACAUCCCCCACAAAGCUACUCUCUUGUUUAUUUGUGCUGCUCUGCCAUACUCUGCCCGCAGACAGUGUCAUCAGAGUCCAUAGCUCAGAACACGCGGUCGCGAACUGGCCCUGUUGUUCUUCCUCAAGCCUUUACCUUGUAUUCAGACUUGGCAAUAUUACCUUGUGCCCUGUAACAUUAAUAGCUUCUGCAGUCCUGUUUGUUUCAUUUUGAAUCACUCCUUAAAAGGUCACCACACUUCUGCACUUCCUGGGUUAAUCACUGCCCUGUCUCAAGGUAAGUUUCAGGGACAUGGUGCUUAAUAUGUUUUAGUAAUAGUUUGGAGUCAUUAGUAGUGAUGAUUCAGAGGAGUGCUGCCCAUCCGAAACACUCCUUCACCCGAGAGCACAACGCGGAAAAAGCUCCUGCCUGACUUAACUCCCCAGCACAGGCGUGCGCGGCAGACCGCCUUGUGCAUGAGGGCAGGCGCGGGUGUUAGAGCAAUGUCAGUUCUUCUGUUAAAGGUAAUUAUGUACCAGAGAAAACAAGGAAAGGUUAUUUUGUUUAUACUCCACCCAACAAUUACUGCCGUCUUGCAAUAGACAGUACAGUUCCUUGACUUUCAUCAGUCACUUUCGUGCUUUUUGCAGCCAAGUUAAAGUAACACUAUGGCUUUCUCUCAGAUGUCCAUUUUGGCUAAUACUUUCUUUGAAGUUAAAUUGAAUACUUGGGAAUUUCAGAGACUGAAUAGUUGAUCUUUAGGUAAACUUACGUGUUUCCAUAUCUCUCCAGUGCUCUCAAUUACAAUAGUGUUUGAUUUACUGACAGGCGCUGUAACCUUGUAGUCAUCAGACAAGAGACCCAGAAUAGGAUACUGAUUCCUGUACCUGUAUUAAAGAGAGUUGCAAACCUGUAAACUGAAAUCAAACCUGUAAACUGAAAUCUGCGUACCCGUGUCCAGAUCACUAGCUCUGAUCUUGCCACACAUUAAUCCCCAAAGAUUUUCACUAGUAACUAGAAGUUACAGUCAUUUCAAUGUCACUUUGUGCUGGCCACCCCUCCAAUUGCUGUUACAAUGCUUAGUAUUGAAUCCUCCCUGGAUAGGAAAACCUAUCUCAACUUUCUCCCCUUGAAGUUGAACAGGCAGCAUUAAGACAUUUGCAGGAGUAACUUAGUUAAUAGAGGUUAUACAAUGGAAAGUCAAAAGGAUGUAUUUUUAAGAAAGGUGAAUAACUACAUUACUUCUUAGUGAUGAUAGCUGUUACACCAGGGGACUGACUGCCUGAUAAUUUCUCAUGCUUCAGUCGGAAGAGGUCCUGAGAAAACCAAAAGUAAACAUUCAAAUGAAAUAACAUUUUCUGAAGUAUUAAUUCACUAAAGUCACAAAAAAAUAUUUGCAGAAAUUCCUCUCAAAGAGCAGUCUGAAAAAGUCUGUCCUUCCAGAAGACUGGCAGAGGAACAGCAUUGAGUUAAAAAAAUCCUUAACCCCGAUUCUGAACCAGGAGAGUACAAGUGAAUUCCGAGCAAGUUUCCACCUACACAGUAAGUGGAGGCUUAAAUAUAAAAAGAAGUAAGUAAGUUGUAUUAUUUUACCUCUUGCUGUUGUUUAAUAAAAGCAUCUUUCUCCUCCAACAUCGAUGUCAGUUCGUGCAACCUUAUUUGCAAGUCACUGUUACUUCCUUCUCUCUUUGAUAUAUCUUGCUGGAAUUGGCAUAACUGAGACUACAAAACACACGUUAAGGAAUAGUCAGGUGUUUGGUGCUCCUUGCAGGUGACCCUUCAGUACUUAUCUAGGACUCCAGAGAUAUUUUUUUCUUUAAAAUCACUAACAGUAAGACCCAAUGAUUUCCAAAUAAGAAUGUUGAGCUGCACAGCAAAUUCAGAAGUGCUAACUGGACUGAAUUGUACCCAGUAUCAAUUUAGUAGUUUCAUAACUCAAUAAAGCUAAUACAACACUGAACAAGUUGAACUGGCUUCCAGGGUGGUAAAAUAUUACUACAAUGAUUUAAAGGAGAGAUGUUUCCUACAUACAGUCUUGACUGGGAUUUAUUUUUGUUUUCUGUUGGGUGUCUUUUGGCUAGUUUCUUACUUUAUCAGGACACACAAAAUAGCCCUUUAGGAGAAGACUGCUAAUCUGAUUACUCCCUAAUUUCUAUAUCUAAGGAAUUGUAUUUUUUUUUUAAAUCACAAUUUUAUGUUCUACCACGAGGGUUUCUGAGCCAUCAUUAGUGUCUAUGUAUAAAGUAAUGGCAAAACCAAAAGAUAUCUAAAAAGUAUGUAAGGUAGAUCUUUUCUGUUCGUUAAUUAAAAAAGAAGCUGUUUCCCUGCAGUCACACAAGGUGAGGAAUACACACAUGCCAAGUUAAUCAACUUACCCUAAGACUGCGGAUCUCACGAUCUUUAUCCUCUCUCAAGUUAUUGAUCAUCUCUACAUAACGGCUAGAGAGUUCAUCUGUGGUGGUCUGUAGUGUUGGAUUAGAGCAGGCCUACAGAAAAUGAAGUAAUUUUUUAUUUUAGAGAGUUUUCAUCAUUAAUUUUCAUGUAUUAAUGUAUCUGUGAAUAACAGCUACUGAACACAGAACAAGUGAGCCUAUUACCUGCAGUUUAAGGCUCUGGAUCUCUUGCUCCAAGGCACGCUUGCAGUACUCCAGUUCCUUCAGCUGACACUCCUUUUCUCCCUCACUGAGCCGCAGAGAGAGGAGCUGUUCUUCCAGAGAGCGACAUUUUGCAGUACUCUCUCUGAGUCCUUGCUGGAAAGCACAGAAGUGGAAUGAAUGCGUGGUGUUCCUUAAGGAAGUGACAGGGUCACACAUGUACCGCAAAUGUAUACCAGGCAGCAAUUACUCUGAAUACUCAAAAGUCAGCAUAGUGGCUAGUUUUUGGCUGACUAAUAAACAAACUGAAAAUAGGUUUUUAGAUUUACCUGCUGCUGACGAUUAUUCUCUCUCAGAGAAGCCAACAUAGUUUCAUAUUCUUUUACUUGAGAAUCUUUAAAUGCCAAAUCCUUCUUAAGUAAGACACUGUCGGUUUCUAACUUCUGUAAGACAAAGAGUUUAGAGUCAAGGGCUACAGUUUUUCAGUAAACUUUUCCCAGAUAGAUUGAAAGUGCAACAUAUGGAGUAAUUAGUAAGUGAUGUUUUUAGAAUUGAGAAAAUAGUCAAUUUUCUUGAAACAAUGGGUUUUUAACUAGCACACAGUUACCCGUCACUGUAGUAUCUGUGGCUUUGUGUUGUGUGGUAAGCACUGGGAUCCUGCACACUGCUCUUUCAGUCUGUCCCAGAAAGAGUUAUUCGUAGUUAUUAAACAGAAGCCAACAAAAACCCCGUAACUAAGACCAUUUCACUGCACAGACUCCUUGUUCUAUUUCAAAGAUGACAGUUAAAACUCCCCCUCCCCUCCCUGAACUUUGCAUUUUACAGGAGAACACUGAAGUUUCCAGUGGUGCCGAGUACUUGGGCUGGUGUGGGAAAUGUCUCUGCUUUCCUAACGGCAAUUAUCUACUGUCUGUAUCAGUAGCUGUAGAGCUGCAGCUUCCGAACUGGGAUGCCUGUACGCUGGAGAACCAACCACUGCAGUUGUUAGAGCCACCAGCUGACAACAGCUUUCAGGAGUGAAUGGGACCGAGGUCUCCCAAUUCCUGGGACAGCGCUAGUGAACAGGCCCUUGGUGUACACUCCUUGUCCAUGUUCAGAGUAAAAACACCGUUCCAUAUGUCUACACCAGUGUAGAUUAUAUAUGCAGUGUAUAUACCAAUUCAGAGCUUUAAUUUCACUCAGCAGGGUCUUUUCUUCCUUUGAAAGGAUUUGGUUUUUUAGGCUUCCACAAAUUGAACACUUGAAAACCACUGCUAGAAAGAAAUACAACCUCAUCCACUGUACGAGUCUUGCAAGUCUAUUAAUAAACCAGCCAUUUCCAUUAAAGCAACUAAAGCCUGGACUUCACAGUUUAAAUUUCAUUCUAACGGACUUCCUACUGACAGGCAAAAACAAAUGGAUGAGGCCCCAGGAACUGAAAACCACGGCUUACCCCCAAGUCAUCCUGCAAAUGGCAAAGCUCUUCACGUAAAUUUUUGAAAGUGGAAAGCACGAGUCUCAAAGAUUUAUCUGAUGUCACUCUCAUCUAGGAGGGGAAAAAGAUGAAAAUCUGUAUUUCUGACUCAUUAGUAAGCUUUGUUCACAAUAUGCUUGACAAUAGGUAGAACAGAAAACUGCUAUACAGCUGAAAAUAACUUUAAGAACUACUGCACGUCAUUCUUUGAAGUGCACACAGUUUCUACAAAGAAACGCAUUUUCAGGCACUUUGUUCUGCAAAUGGCACAGUUUUUAAAUUACUGCCUUGUAACACAGGGUAACGUUUUUAAAAUGGAAUGAACAAGAGAGUAAAGAACUGCAUUUGUACCCCAAUAAAGGGAAAAAUAAAUAAAUGUGUUAAUAUUGCACAGUCAUUUUUUGAGCAUUUAGAGCUUUGUGACUUAACACUGAUUUAAAAAAAUUACUACCUUACCUGAGAAGUCACAGAGGAAUAAGUCAUCGUCUUUGAGAUCUGGCAAAGCACGCUUUCAGCCCAAGGGCAAGAGAAUUUAAUUAAAAUUUUUUAAAAUCUAAAUAAAAGCCAUAUAACCAACUCCUCCCUUCAAAAGGAAAAAGAUUUCGAAGAUUAAAGGAGUCAACUGGAUGAAAAACAAAGGCAGUAGUGCCCAAUAGCCCAACAGUGUUCCCUUUUUUUCUUUUAAUGCAUGUUAACAGCUGUGUAUUGAUUGAUGUUAAAACACAAAUUGCUGCAUUUUGUGAUAGUUUUCUAAUAUUUGAAAGAAGAAAAAUAGAUUUUGAAAGAACACACCAAGUAAUUCCUCAAGUUUUGACUCAUCUGGAAGAGCUGAAUAUUCUGUGCAAAAGAUGUAUUUUUUUUUUUUUUUUUUACUAUCAUCUGGACAAAAGUGAAAUCCUUCUGUCUGUUUCUCUUCCUCUGAUACUUUCCCUUAACUUUAUUUGUUGCUAUCAAGAUCUCCAUCAGUAUGGUGAUUAGCCCUUGUCCUAUUUUUUAUCCCUACUGUGGUGCUACUAUGUAACUGAGGAUUCAAAAAUAACAUUUCUAGUGUAACUAACUCAACUCUUCGUUUGUUUUUUCAUUAAAGCGGAAUUUCAGUUUUGACUUAUGGUUUUGUUGGUUUUAUUAUGAAACAAUAUACUACAAGAGUUAAUUAAAAGAAGGAAUUAAGUCAAAAUGGUCGAAUUUAGACUAAAAACAUAAGUAAAUCCCCACUCAGCAAUUACUUAGUGCUAGAGGUUGCUAAAUUCCAGAGGUGUCAUGUACUUCCACAGUGAAAUUCUCCAUGCCCUUAGACCUGAGCCUCUGGGCGUACCCAGCAGAGCGUUUACCUGAGCAGCGUGACAGCUAGCUCAGAGUCAUUCUCGGGUGUAAAAACAGACCGUACCUAACUCCGUCCGAGAGGUCUGCAGUCGGCGAGCACACUUUGUAUGUAUGCUGACAAAAUCCGGUUCCCCAAAAGACAUUAUAGCUGCAUUUUUUUUAAGCAUAGGUGUGAGAAUGUAAAGCCAGCUGGACAUACAGAAAACGGGAAAUAGGUGUUUCAGCUCUUUCACGCAGAGGUGAGCUGAACCGGAUUCCCGGGACGGUGGUCUAACAUGAGGUCAUGAACUACUUCGGUGUCAAUGUCCACCUUCAUUGUAAAAGAAGCACGGAUAGUUCAAGUUGGGAGGUCGCUUUGUCCAACCCCCCUGCCUGAAGCAGGAUCGGCUGUGAAGUCAGACCAGGUCGCUCAUUCACAACUUCAUUCAAAUGUUUUUGGUUUUGUUUUUUUUUACCAGGAAGUGAAUCUAAGCUGCAGCUCCCAGGUGGGAUCACCUUAGCCCUACCUCGGAGGGCCCAGAUCCAGACACACCUGCUGAGCAGUGCGGUCAUCGCUCACAGAGACUGGAAUUAUUUCACAAGGGUUACUGGUCUGUGUCUGCUGGCACUGGUGAGUGACUUGCGACUGCUCAGAGUGCUGGAAGGGCUGGGCAACAUGGCACUGAUCGGCUUGCUGGGGAAUCUGACACUGGUGCGAAAACUGAUACUGCUUCUCCUAGAAACAAGAAUGGAUUUUUUUUAAGCUGCUGGACACAUCUUAAUGAGAUGGAAGCUUAAUAUGACUAUAUAAAUGAAUGAAAUGUGUUUUUGCAUGGAAUGACUGAUGACAGUUUCAGAUAUUUUAAUAAUCCUAAUAAAAUGGCUUUUUUCCCUAA